AACCAAGAUUACCAUAACAAUUUCGGUGAGGAUAGGGAAAAUUACCAUACUGCCCUUACCUCGUUCCUCUAGAUAUAAAACCCUAAUACAGAACUUCACUUCUUCCUCACCCCGCGCACCAAGUCCCAGCAGCCUCCUCUGUUUUUCCCAGAUUGUAUAAAGAAUCACUACUUCCCUGGAAAAGCAAUGGCGGUUGCGUUCUAUGACCUUGGCUCGGCAUCGGGGCUGAAGAAGCUCGAUGAAUACCUCCUCACGCGUAGCUACAUAACUGGGUACCAAGCUUCAAAGGACGACAUCACCGUGCAUGCAGCGCUUCCAAAGCCCCCGUCGUCUGAAUUUGUCAAUGUAUCUAGGUGGUAUAACCACAUUGAGGCUCUGUUGAGGAUUUCUGGUGUUGAUGCGGAAGGGUGUGGUGUUAUUGUUGAGGGUUUUGCUCCAAUCACUGAGGAGGCACUGGCAACUCCCCCUGUUGCCGACACAAAGGCUGCAGCUGCAGAGGAUGAUGAUGAUGAUGUAGAUUUGUUUGGUGAAGAGACUGAAGAGGAGAAGAAGGCUGCUGAGGAACGUGCAGCUGCCGUCAAGGCAUCUGGAAAGAAGAAAGAAUCUGGCAAGUCGUCUGUGCUGUUGGAUGUGAAGCCAUGGGAUGAUGAGACUGACAUGAAAUUGCUUGAGGAAGCAGUAAGAAGCGUCCAAAUGGAAGGGUUGCUUUGGGGAGCAUCCAAGCUCGUACCUGUGGGCUAUGGAAUAAAGAAAUUGCAAAUUAUGAUGACCAUUGUGGAUGAUUUGGUUUCGGUCGAUACUCUCAUUGAGGACCAUCUUACGGUUGAACCGGUGAACGAAUAUGUCCAGAGCUGCGACAUUGUUGCUUUCAACAAAAUAUAACUCACGUGAUGUAUCGAGGUUGUGCCGGAGUGGCUUCUCAUUGACUUUGAAGCUUGAUAUUUGGUGUCCUAUCUCCCUGAGUUAUGUGCGGAACUAGAUGCAAGAGACGUAUCUCUAUCUUCAUGGAUUUGAAAUCCGUAUUUUUAUUUGGUUAAUGUCGGAAUGUUACAAUUUUCGUCUCGAUCUUUUAUUCUUUCGACGUUGCGUGCGAUGAGGAUCAAUACAGUAUUUGCUGUGGAAAUAAAAUUUUGAUCGAAUCUCUGAGGCUA